GGGAGGUCGGAAGCCCGGCGGGGUGGGAACCCUGGGGCAGUGGCUGUCCGGAGUCUAGGCGACGGGGCGAGACUGGGCCGGUAGGUGGCAGGAGGGGGCCGAGCCGAAGCCGGCGAGAACGCCUGGCCCGGAGGCCCCCAUCCUGGCGUACCCGUCCCGGCUCAGGAGGAGGAGGAGGAUGAUCUCCAGAUACGCUCGGAAGGCCGUGCCGCAGAGCUUGGAGCUGAAAGGAAUAACAAAACAGACUCUCAAUCAUCAUCCUUUCCCAGAGCAACUAGAUGAAACUUCCUCUGCCAGUGACAGUCAUGAAAAAGACACAAGUUCCCAAAGUGAAUCUGACGUCACCCAAGAAUCACCUUUUACAUCAGCUGACACUGGGAAUUCAAGGUCUGCUUUUCCAAGUUAUACAGGCACAGGGAUCUCUACAGAAGGCAGUUCGGACUUCUCCUGGGGAUAUGGUGAACUUGACCAAAGUGCCACUGAGAACGUCCAGGCGAUGUUCACAGCCAUUGAUGAGGUCCUGUAUGAGCGAAAGCUGAGUGUGCACACGAGGAGUCUCCAUGACGAGUGCCAACAGUGGACAUCCAGCUUUCCCCACCUCAGGAUUCUGGGUAGGCAGAUAAUUACUCCAAGUGAAGGUUAUGAAUUAUAUCCUAGAUACCCUUCUGGUGUUUCAAUUUCACAUGAAGCAGUCCUGUCUCAAGAAAGAGAUUUUAUUAUAUAUGGUAUAAGGGGGAAAAGGUUACAGUUUUCAUCUUCUUAUGCUGAUAAAGCAUCUUCUAUUGCCAAAUCCCCUGGCUUAUGUGCUAUGGAAACAGAAAAGGAAGAUUGUAUAAUCUUCUCAGAAGGAAUAAUCGAGGAAUACCUAGCUUUUGACCACACAGAUAUGGAAGAGAGAUUUCAUGAAAAGAAGUCAGAAGCAGCUGCAGAGAAACAGAAGUUAGGGUACCCUCCCAUUGCUCCAUUUUACUGCAUGAAAGAGGAUGUCCUUGCUUAUGUGUUUGACCAAGUGUGGAGCAAGGUUGUGGCCUGUUUGGAGCAGUUGACACGUAGUCACUGGGAGGGAUCCGCUUCUGAUGAUGAGAGUAAUUUUGGAACCACCAGACUGGAUAUGGAAAGUCCCUGUGUGCUGAAUGAACCACAUCCUUUGGUGUUACCACGAGUGCCACAGUCUAAGAUGCUGUCCAUUACCUCAAAUCUGAUGAGUUUCUGUCAAGCAAGUGGUCACCAGCCAAAUGUGAAUGGUCUCUUGGUUCAUGGGAUGCCUCUACAGCCAAGAAAUCUCUCCCUAAUGGACAAGCUCCUAGAUCUUGAUGACAAGCUACUUAUGAGGCCUGGGUCCAGUACCAUCCUUCCAACUCGAAACUGGUCAAACCGAGCCCUGGAGCUUGGCACAUCAUCUAUGUUACAUACUGUACAGUCUGCCAGGAGACGUAAUCCCCCACCACGUACCCUUCAUCCGAUCGGCACAAGCCAUUCCCGCACUGGAACUCCAAGACCUGCGGAAGAAAUUCUCAGAGGAUCCCGAGCCCCAGUGGCAGCCAACUCAUUCUCUCCCUCGCCAAUGCCCUUGGGUCGAAAUAAUCUGCUGCCACCUAUUGACACAGCUGAAGUGGAGUAUCUGAGCACUGCGAGGCCACAAAGGCAAUCGAAACCCCAUGCCCAAGGGGAUCCCAGUCGAGCUAGAAGUGCAAUGAUAGACGAACCUACCCACCAGCAGCCCCUGGAGAGGAUUCUUUUACCUGACUUCUCCAGACCCAACACAACUCAGUCAUUUCUGCCAGAUACAAAGUAUCAUCAGGCAUGCACAGUUGAGUAUCCUCAUCAGGCCCGACCUGGUAGGGGAGCCACAGGUACAGGUUCACAGUUACAUGGCUCUACAAAACCUCAAAGCAGGGGUGGAUCAGUCUCUAGAACCAGACGAGGACCAUGGAGCAAAUGAGAAGAAUCUAUGAGGCUACAGCAAACACGUGAGAUAUCAUGAAUCAGUGUUCAGUCACUGAGGGAGUAGACCUUGAGUCUUGACAAGAUCAGCUUGAGUGUAUCUUCAUGAA